GGGUUCUUUGAUGAUAAGGCUUGUGGGUCUGUUCUACUUGGUGGUGAGUUUGUUGAGCUUCACUGGAGUGAAUGCUAUGCAUGGAAGGGAAAGUAGUGGACAUGAAGCAGUGAAAGGAAUAAUGAUACAUGGUAAAUCUCACAUUGGAAGGAUUGAUGAUGAUUUUGUCUGUGCAACUCUUGAUUGGUGGCGUCCUCAGAAAUGUGACUAUGGAACAUUUAGCUGGGGUCAUGCUUUUCUUCUCAACCUGGUAUUCUUUCUUUGUUUCUGCAGAUCAAUAUGCUUCUGAUAUUGCUGCUUUAAGAAACAUAAUCAUGAUGUAUAUAGAGGGAUUAGGCAUAAGCCACUGGUCAUUGCUCCAGGUGGCUUCUAUAAACAAAUUGGUUCCAGGAAUUUGUAAACAAAUCUGGUAAAUCUGUUGAUGUGGUAUCUCAUCACACAUUAUAUAACCUCGGAGCAGGUAUCAUCCACCAAAUAGGAAUACUAAUGUUAUAAUAUUUGACCAAUGUUUAUGAAUUUUGGUUAUAACAAAAGCUACUACUUUAUCUUACAUUCAGGAGUUGAUGAGCACCUAAUUGAAAAAAUUCUUGAACCAUCAUAUCUUGACGAGUGGCUAGCACAUUCAGUGGCCUCAAAAACAUACUUCAAAAAUCAGCAACCAGAGCAAAAGCAUGGGUUGGUGAGGCAGGAGAGGCUUACAACAGUCGCCACCAUCUUGUGUCUGAUGCAUUUGUCUACAGCUUCUGGUAUUUGGAUCAGCUUGGAAUGUCGGCUGUUUAUGACACCAGAACAUACUGCUUUUGUGUCAAAUCCAGAUUAUUAUAGAUACCAAAUAUUAAAUUUCAUAGUUGAAGGAGGACCAGCAUAUUAUUGUGGACUAUUUUCAUUUUAGCUUUCAAGUGUCAUUCUCUUCAGAAAAAUAUUGUGUGCUAAUUAUACAACCUCGCACAUACCUUUCUACCAUUGGUUGAGGGUGUAGACUUAUCAUAUGCAGAUCACACAUUCUAUCCAAUGGUGAAAAGAUGCAUUGUUUAGAUAUAUAAAAAAAAAAUGAGUACAAAGAUUUGCAAUGUUUGUGUUAGAAACUCAAUGUGAAAUCCAACUGUGA